UGAAAGUGUCCUAAAAAAAUCCUUUCCGUCGUUAAACUUUCUUUUUAUUCGUAUCGAAUACGAAUGAAUCCAUUGUCAAUCAGUUUUUUUUAAAACGCAGUGAAGUGUAAGUGUGUUACAAAAGUUUGUCGAAAAAGAGUUAUUAAAAUGUCGAUUUGGGAUGUUUUAAUCCCCCCAAAUGAAGAGCAAAAAGUUAAAAUUAGGGCUGCGCUCAACGAAAACGAAGAUAAAUUAAGGAUUAAUUUAAAAUUGCUCGGCGAAUGGAUCGAUUCGCAAAGUUAUCUCCCCAAGAAUUACGAUAAAAGAAUUCUUUCCGCUUAUAUUCGCGGAUCGAAACAUAUCUUAGAAGAUGCCAAAAAGAAAAUUGAGAAAUAUUUUAUUUCGAAAACUUUGCAUCCGGAUUUAUUUAAUAAGCGAGUUUUGACGGUUGAGGAAGAUUUAAAAGCUUUAAAUUUUAUGUAUUCCGUAACGAUGCCGGAAAUAACCCAAGAAGGUUAUAGAAUAACAAUUUUAAAAAUAUUCAACAACGACAUCGAAACGUUCGAUCCAUUAAAAGUACUGCGUUUAGCAGCUUUAACUUGCGAACUUCGAUGCCACGAAGAAAACUUUUUAGCCGGCGAAAUAAUCGUUUUGGAUUGCGAAUUUGCAACGGCGGCGAUCGGGGCCAAAAUGAUCGCUAGUCAACUAAAAAAGGUCAUCGUUUUGGUCCAAGAAGCGUUUCCGGUUCUUGUUAAACAAGUACAUUUAAUUACCGAUCAAAUGAUUUUCGUGAAUAGCGCGAAUUUAUUGAAACAAUUCAUGAAGGAGAAAAUAAGAAAUCGGUGUUUGCCGAAAGAUUUUGGGGGAAGUCAACUUUCUUUGCGGGAAUUAAAUGAGAAGUGGAAGAGGAUUUUGGUUGGGUAUCAAGAGUUGUUUGAAAAAAUCGAUGGAGUUGUUUUGGAGGGACCAAUUCCGAAAAAUGAUUGUUUGGGGAGUGAUGAUUGCUGUUUAGAAGGGAGUUUUCGGCAGCUUAAUUUUGAUUAA